AUGGCCGGGAGGAAAAGACAGCGAUCAGUUGUCCACCAAAGGGUCCUGGCACGGAAACAGCGGCGUGCGAACAAGCGACCUGUAUCAACAAGUCCUGAGGCGAGUGGCGCGAGCCCCACUUUGAUCGUGGUCUUGGGCCUCACUUCUUCACAACGCCUCGCACCGGCACUGACGUACUGCUUUAAGCAAUGGGGAUAUACCGAAAUCUGUGGCCGGACCGGCGAACAGUUGGAGUCAACGGCACUGGCAACGGCAACGGAGUGCGGCGAACCCGCUACUGCGCCCUGGUAUCGACUGCGGUACACAGUGGCCCGCAGACGCGCCCGUCAAGUCAGUCUAGUACAUCAGUGGAUAUGCCUUGAUGCUGAAGCUCCUCUUGAAGCGGUGCUUGACGCCGCCAAGGUUGCUGAUCUGGGUCUCUUGGUGUACGGCGAGGGUGAGGGACUGCACGAUGUCGCCGACUCCUGGUUGGCGGCGAUCCAAGCGCAAGGCCUCCUGAGUUUCGUCGCUGUGGCGCUUCCACGAGCCACCAACACCCUCGAGUCUCUGAUGGACGCUGACCGAUGUGAUGCAGAGCACCCCGGUGUUUCCGAGCAUCCAUUCAGGGGCCGAGCGCACGCGAGCUCUGCCCAUGCUGCCGAUAGCUCCACCUGGUUAGCCGAGUGUCACCAACGUCUCGCCGCUCUGUCGAUUCUGGAUGCCAAAGAGGAACCUGUGCGCAUUCGAGUACUAAGUCAUCCAGACGAGGUCGAGCAUUCGCGACGACAGCUCGAAUAUGGCAAACGUCGAGCCAUUCGCUGGCGAGCGAGUCGUUCGUAUCUCCUGGUGGAACGUGUCGUCAGUGAGCGGGCACCGACUGCACCGUGUCGUCGAGUGCGGCUCUAUGGAUGGCUGCGGGGUGCCGCUGCCAGCGUCCACCAACAACUGCAUAUCACUGGGGUAGGCACGUUUGUGGUAGCGGGUCUAGAGCGGGCCGAGGCGCCAUAUGCGCGACACAUGGCACCCAGGGGGUAUACUGAUCACCCCGCGUCCAUGGACAUAUCUGAUGGUGCGAAAUUUGCGUUUCCAACAGCUGGGAAUGGAGGCUUGGACCCUGUAGUCCGCAUUCCCGAUGGAACCGAUGCUGCUGGACUCCCUGCGUUUGGAGAUGACGCUCCAGAGCGCCUGGCAUUUGGAUCGUCAUCCCCCAUGGAGGCGGCCGUUCUAUCCGGUAUGCAGUGCCGGCAAGGGAGCGUGUCGCAGACCGAACCCCCACGGGUAAGAUGCGCCAUUCAUAUCCAAAAUCGUGUAGAAACGAUAACCGGAACGUUUAGGUGCGAGUCGGCAUGGCUCGAAACCAGCGAGCGUUCCCAGAUGCCUUCUCAGAACGGCCGUGUACCGGCGGCUGGUGUACCUCUGGAACCGUCAACAAAGAAUGUCGCUGUGGUGCACGAUAAACCCCCAAUGGAAGCAGCAGAGGAUUCGUGCAUGGGCUCAGGUAGCAGGAGCGCAUCUCUUGCGAGCGAUGACGACGACGACGACGACGACUCGGUAUCCGAUGACGCUUCAGACAUAGGGACUGCAAGCGAUGCGUCGAGUGCUCCGCAUUCCAGGCAACGCGCGACUCGUGAGCCUCUUGCAUCCGAAAAGGCGGAAACGUCUUCAGAGGAGACACCUUCGCUCGAUGCGAUCGAUACCCAGCAGGUCGAACGCGACGAGCUCCUCUUUCCGGAUGAGGUCGAUACACCCACCGAUUGCCCUGUUCGGGAACGGUACGCAAACUAUCGACCGUUGCCUUCGUUUCGGAAAACACCCUGGGAUCCGAGCGUUGGUCUACCGCCAGCGUAUGCACGCAUUGUGCAGUUCGAGCACUUCCAACGAGCGACGCGCGAGGCGUUCCAGCGAGCGCGGGACGCAACCUGCCACGGAGUCGUGCAAUCACACUGCUUUGUCGCGUUCGUACUGGAUGCUAUUGCCGAGCCGAAGGCGCGCCGCUUAGAGAGCUGGCCUGGCCCUCUGGUUGCGUCGUGCCUGCUUUCGUACGAAGAACGUCCCACGGUGCUGCAGUGCCUGGUACAGCGCUAUCACGUCAUGACCAACUUGACCAGCACCGAAGACAACGAAAGCCCGGCGUUGGCCUGUCCAGACAAUGGACUCGUGCAUGCUGGACAGCUGCUUUGCUUCCACAUUGGCUUUCGCCGACUUCUCGCUCGUCCUAUAUUCUCCGAGGCUGAUUCCAAAUGCGACAAGCAUCGCUAUGAACGCUAUCUAUUGCCCGGUCGCUGGAGCGUAGCCUCGCUCUACGCACCGGUGACGUUCCCGCCAGCACCAGUGCUGGUGACGCGCCCAUCACACGGCACUGGUCCAGCAGGCACUGCCGCCACUACUCCAGUUCUGCCGGCCUUGGUUGCUCGGGGCUCUGUGCUGGGUGCGAAUCCCGAACGGAUUGUGCUGAAACGGAUCGUGCUCACAGGGGUACCGUACCGCGCCCACAAGAAUCGUGCAACAGUGCGCUACAUGUUCUUUAAUCCCGAAGAUGUGAAAUACUACCGGCACGUACCGUUGUGGACAAAACACGGUCGUCUGGGACGCAUCGAGGAAUCGCUCGGUACGCAUGGAGCGCUGAAAGCCUCGUUUGAUGGAAUGAUCCUGCACAGUGAUACGGUUUGCAUGAGCUUGUACAAGCGAGUGUUUCCGCGCUGGGUUCCUGGGACCAGUGCCGAGGAGCUUGAUGAAACUGGAGAUCCACGAGCAACACCUCUGGAAUGA